GUGAGAGGCAGUGAUCCGUCUCUUUGGCGCGCUGCCUGCGUGCCCCUGCAGAGUGUGCGUGCUGGCGCAAAGCGCGGCCUUCCGCUCUGUGCUCGUCCUCAUCAACAACAACAACAACCGGACAAAGUGUCUACCGGCUGCCGGUGCGCUGACACACCCAGAAGAACACGCUGACACUGGCCCGCUGUGACGAUGGCGGAGAUGGUGAAGUACGUGGACGAUGAACAUAAGAGCAUCUUCUUGAAGCUGCUGAACGAACAGCGACUGGAGGGCGAACACUGCGACAUCGCCGUGGUGGUGGAAGACGUCAAGUUCCGUGCUCACCGCUGUGUGCUCGCCGCCUGCUCCAACUACUUCAAAAAACUCUUUAAAAAACACGAGGUGGACAACUCGUCUGUGAUUGAAAUUGACUUCAUCCGCUCUGAUAUCUUUGAGGAGGUGUUGAACUACAUGUACACCGCAAAGAUCUCUGUGAAGAAGAGAGACGUCAACCUCAUGAUGUCAUCAGGACAGAUCCUCGGCAUCCGCUUCCUCGACAAACUCUGCUCCCAGAAACGAGACAUGUCAUCAGAGGACAAAGAGAAGUUUCCUUAUGACAUCGUAAAGAUGGCGCUGCCGCCUGAGGCUCAGCUGGCUGCUGACGCUGAGGUGCUCGGCGAGCACGAUGACACUCCCACCACAGAAGACCUGGUCGAGGCGUCUGCCAAUCAGGAGCUGGAUAAGUCUCCGAGUGCAGCACUGCGCGUCCAGGAAGCCAUCCUGAAAGAACUGACCAAUGAGGAUGUACACAAGGUAACCAUUGGUAAACAGCACAUGUCACCUCUCCAGGUGACCUGCUACGACCAGGAUGUGGUGACAGAAAUGGAGGCGGAACCUAAAGAGCUGGGGGCAGAGCACCAUGCCACACAAACGCUGACAUUUGCAGACAGUAUGGGGGAGGUGAAGGACGAGCAGCCGCCCGGCUGGUCGACAGCCACGACCGACAUGAAGUUUGAAUAUCUGCUGUACGGACACCGAGAGCAGCUCGCCUGCCAGGUGUGUGGGAAGACCUUCCUGGACGAGAGCAGACUCAGGAAACACGAGAAGCUUCAUUCAGCAGAGCGCCCGUUCGCCUGUGAGAUCUGCACCAAAGCUUUUACCACCCAUGCUCACCUGAAAGAACACCUGAAGAUCCACACAGGCUUCAAACCGUACAGGUGUGACGUUUGUGGGAAAUCGUUCAUACGAGCUCCAGACCUGAAAAAACACGAACGAGUUCACAGCAAUGAGAGACCGUUCGCCUGCCAGAUGUGUGACAAGGCAUUCAAACACAAGUCCCACCUAAAGGAUCAUGAGAGGAGACAUAGAGGAGAGAAACCGUUUGUCUGUCCGUCCUGCACCAAGGCCUUCGCCAAGGCAUCAGAUCUGAAGCGUCAUGAGAACAACAUGCACAGUGAGAGGAAACAGCUGAAUCCAAUGCAGAGCGACACAGAAACACUGCAGGCUGCCGCCAUGGCUGCAGAGGAACAACAUCUGGAUGGCAUCAGUUGUUCCUAACAUCUGGACACGUCAGCUGCUGCUCCUAACAUCUGGACACGUCAGCUGCUGCUCCUAACAUCUGGACAGCAUCAGCUGCUGCUCCUAACAUCUGGCCACGUCAGCUGCUGCUCCUAACAUCUGGACACGUCAGCUGCUGCUCCUAACAUCUGGACAGCAUCAGCUGCUGCUCCUAACAUCUGGACACAUCAGCUGCUGCUCCUAACAUCUGGACACAUCAGCUGCUGCUCCUAACAUCUGGACACGUCAGCUGCUGCUCCUAACAUCUGGACAGUGUCACUGUAUUCGGGGUGCUUUGACUGUAUCUUCAUUGAUUCUUUGAUGUUAACAGAGUUGAAGUCGUGGGUUUGUAUGAUUUUUCUUUUUCCUGAACCUGAUGUGACUUUAACUUGAACUGAUGACCUCAGCGAUCAUGUGAUGAACAUGUUAAACAUGGACACCUUCGUUUCCUCUGGCUUCAUGUAUGAUUUGUAAUGUCUGUACAGAAAGGCUCCAUUUUGUGUCGUCGUAUAUAAAAUAGUUCUGUUCAGUUUCAUGAGCAGAGCGACUGUUUUUAAACCA